CUUCCGUCCUCUUGGUGGUCACUCGGCUCCUCACGGGCCUUUUGACCGCGUCGGACGCUUGCGGGUCAGUGGGCCCCGGACGACCCGCUGGAAUCUGCGGGCGUCAGAAGCCCGGUUUCCGCCGCGCGGACGCGGGGGUGAGGCCGGCGGCUCCACCGGGGACUCGCGGGGACGGGGACCGACAGCCGGGCCGCCCCCGCCUGCUCCGCCCGCAGUUCCCGAUGGCUGGGGCCGCGCCGAGGCGCCCGGAUGAGGAUGGCGUGGCCUUUGAGGAUGUCGCUCUGCGCUUCUCCAGGGAGGAGUGGCGCCGCCUGGCGGCGGCCCAGAGAAGCCUGUACCUGGACGUGAUGCUGGAGACCUUCGCGCUUGUUUCCUCGCAAGGUUGCUGUUGUGGAACAAAGAAUGUGGAGGCACCAUCUGAACAGAGCAUUCCUGUGGGAGUGUCACAGGCCAGGACUUCAAGGGAAUCUCAGUCUUCCCAGAAGACCCACCCCUGUGAGAUGUGUGGUCCAGUCUUGACAGAUAUCUUCCGUUUGGCUGAGCACCAGGAAACACUACACAGACUGAGGUGUGGGGCGUGUGGAAAACAAUUUAAUUUCAGUGCAAACUGUCAACAUGACCAGGAGCAGCUCACGGGAGAGAAACUCCUCCUGAGCAUUGUGGAUAGAUCCUCGUUUGUAAAGAGCUGCAAUUUCCAUAUGUCACGGAAGCCCUCUACCCAUGAGGGGGUUGAAAAGGUCUGCCUGACCUCCUCGGGACAUCGCCAACAAGCCACUCACACCAGAGAGAAACCAAACAAGAUCUCCAAAUGCAGGGGGCCUCUUCAGCACAGAAAAAGUAACUAUACUAGGGAAGAAUGUGAGAAAGCCUUCAGUCCUAAACACACACAUGGUCAGGACUCAGGAGUGCACAUUAAAAACCAGGGUUUUGUGUGCCGCGAGUGUGGGAAAACAUUCAGGUACAGAUCCUCAUUUGUUAUUCACCAGAGAGUCCAUGAUGAUGACAGAAUUCAUGUAUGUGAUGACUGUGGGAAAUCCUUUAGGGGAAGCUCAGCCUUCACUCAACACCGAAGAGUUCAUUCUGCGGCGAGGCAGCACAAGUGCGGCAAAUGCGGGAAAUCCUUUAACCAAAAAUUUGUCCUCAUUUAUCCUCAGAGAAGCCACACUGGAGAAAGCUGUUACGUCUGCUGUGAAUGUGCACCAUCUUUCAGGCAAAGCUCUGCUCUUAUUCCACAACAACAGACAGUUUAUUCUGGAGAAAUGAGUUUUGAGUGCACCGAAUGCGGGAAAUUCUUUAAACGGAAAUCUGACCUCAUUGAACAUGGGAGAGUUCAUACAGGAGAAAGGCCUUUUGAGUGUAAUGAAUGUGGGAAGUCUUUUACUUCUAGCUCUGCCCUCCGUUAUCAUCAGAGAGUUCACAGUGGAGAAAAGCCUUAUAAAUGCAAUGAAUGUGGGAAGUUUUUUACCUCUAGCUCUGGCCUCCGUUAUCAUCAGAGAGUUCAUACAGGAGAACGGCCAUUUGAGUGUAGUCAUUGUGGGAAAUCUUUUACUCAAAUAAAUCACCUCAUUAUACACCGAAGAAUUCACACAGGGGAAAGGCCUUAUGAGUGCAGUGAGUGUGGAAAGUCUUUUAGCCACAAAUCUUAUCUCUCCCAACACCAGAGAGUUCACACUGGAGAGAAGCCCUUUGAAUGUAGUGAAUGUGGGAAAUCUUUCACCUCUGGCUCUGCCCUCUGUUAUCAUCAGAGAGUUCACUCCGGAGAAAAACCCUAUGAGUGCAGUGACUGUGGGAAAUCUUUUACCAAUGGACCAAUACUCAUUCGACACCGCAGAGUUCACACAGGAGAAAGGCCUUAUGAAUGCAGUGAAUGUGGGAAAACUUUCACCCAAAGAAAUCAUCUCAAUAUACACCAGAGAGUUCACACAGGAGAGAGGCCUUAUGAGUGUCGUGAAUGUGGAAAAUGCUUUACCUCUGGCUCCUCCCUUCGUUAUCAUCAGAAAGUUCACAUUGGAGAAAGGCCUUAUGAGUGUGGUGAAUGUGAGAAGUCAUUUAUCUCUAGCUCCGCCCUCCGUUGUCAUCAGAGAGUUCACACAGGAGAAAGGCCUUUUGACUGCAGUGAAUGUGGGAAAUCUUUUAGGGAUAGUUCCCAGUUGAAUCAGCACCAGAGGGUUCACACGGGAGAAAAACCUUAUGAAUGUACUGAUUGUGGGAGAACCUUUAGCCAGAAUUCGUACCUCUCUAAACACAGGAGAAUUCACACUGGCGAAAGGCCUUAUGAGUGUAGUGAAUGUAGGAAGUCUUUUACUUCUGUCUCUGCCCUUGGGUAUCAUCAGAGAGUUCACACAGGAGAAAGGCCUUACAAGUGCAAUGAAUGUGAGAAGAGUUUUACAAAUAGCUCCAUACUCAUUCGACACCGUAGAGUUCACACAGGAGAAAAGCCUCAUGAGUGCAGUCAAUGUGGGAAAUCCUUUACCCAAAGAAUUCACCUCAUUAUUCACCAGAGAGCUCACACAGGAGAAAGGCCUUACGAAUGCAGUGAAUGUGGGAAAUCUUUUACUUCUCGUUCCACCCUCCAGUAUCAUCAGAGAGUUCACACGGGAGAACGGCCUUUUGAUUGCAUUGCAUGUGGCAAAUCUUUUAGCCGAAAAUCUAACCUCGCUCAGCACAUGAGAGUUCACACUGGGGGAAGGCCUUAGAUGUGUAGGCCUUCUAAGGUGGUUUUGUUUGUUUGCUUGUGUUUUUUUGUUUUCAGUGUUAGUAACACUGGAGGAAACACUGAGGUUCCAUUUGUCUGAAUUUAAUUUCAGGCAUAAAACAUCAACAGUAGCGAGGUUCCCCAUAAGUUUUAGUUAUGUGGGAAGCAUAUGUGUCUAUGUUGCACUUUCUGAUCUACACACAUCUCUUGCCAGAUUUAUGUCACUACAGAUAUCUCUGGUCGAAGCUGUUUCACCGAUAACAUCUAGAAGAUUCCCACAGUUUGUAUCAGUCACCAGACUAAUGUGCUCAGGGCAACUUACUCUGUUUCUUGGUUUGUUGAAGGAAAUUAGAAAUAGCCUGAGCACUUAGGGGAUCUGCAUUCUGUUCAUUCUGAAUAGUUGGGGAAUGGACCUAACUCGGUGAUAGCCCAGAGAACGUCAUCUGAAUUCAGCUGGCAGCUUGAGAAGGACUUUUUCAGGGACUGGUUUCCUUGGAUACCUGUGACGAAUAUUUCCAAUUUCCAAGUCACCAAUGCAAGAAGUACCAGGUCCGUCAUCCUUUGGUUUGUAAAAUAAUGAGUAUCUUACUGUUUUAAGGACUCUUCAAUCUUGGGUAUCCGAGUUAAUGUGUGGCAUAACUUAUAAGCAAAUUUGAGUUCUACAAACAACUUUUUAUUGGAGGGGCCUCAAAAUUUCUCUGUAUCACAGGAUGGCCUGGGGACAGAAACUAGCUCACCAGGUUUUUGCCAAAUUUGCAUUACUGUUCACAUCUUUUGAGGAAAGGUUGCAGGGCUUUCUGGUCAUGUGAAGCCUAAAUGCUAUGAACUUUAGGAGCCUCAGAAAUCACCCCAAGGAGGGUCAGGUGUUGCAGCCUCAAGUGCUUCUGGGAGCAGCAUUAAUUUACACCUUGUUCACAAGGUAUGCCAAUAGUUUUGAAGGGAAUUAUUUUCCAAGUUCUUAUGAAGAGCCAUGUGCCCGUAUGUCUACACUUACAUGGUUGAUGGCAGCUGGUUGUGGGACGUAGGGGUGAGGGGAAAGCCAUGAUUGCUACAGAAUCACUGGCCUAAUUGGUAUUGUUGGAGACUGCAUCCAACUGGAUGGAAUGUGCCUCUCCUAAAUGAAUGUGCAUCCAGAAAUGUUUCUGCGAAAAAGAAUGUAUCAGUGUGUACACACUGAGGAUCUCCAGGCAUGUUUAUCUUCUGUGACUUACAUCAUUUGCAUCAAAGAUAAUCAAAAGAGUUUUAGGCCUGGAUAGUAUUGCUCAGUGGUUGAGCAUUGACCUAUGAACCAGGAGGUCACAGUUUGAUUCCUGGUCAGGGCACAGGCCUGGCUUGUGAGCUAGAUCCCCAGUAGGGCAUGUGCAGGAGGCAGCCAAUCAGUAAUUCUCAUCAUUUUAUUUUUCUGUUGUUGAUCCUCACCCAAGGAUAUUUUUUCCAUUAAUCUUUUUUACAGAGAGGGAAAGACAGAGAAAUAUUGAUGUGAGAGAAACACAUCUACUGGUUGCCUUCUGCAUGGGACCUGACCAUCGGGAAGUAGCCUGCAACCAAGGUACAUGCCCUUCACCAGAAUUGAACCCAGGAACCUUUGGUCCACAGGCUGAUGUGCUACCCACUGAGCUAACAGGCUAGGGUUGAUUCUCAUUGAUGUUUCUAUCUCUGUUUUUUACAAAAAAAAAUUUGUGGACUGGCUGGCAUGGCCCAGUGGUUGAGUGUCGAUCUAUGAACCAGGAGGUCAUGGUUUGAUUCCCCGGUCAGAGCACAUGCCCAGGUUGCAAGCUCGAUCCCCAGUACGGGGCAUGUGGAAGGCCACCAAUCAAUGAUUCUCUAAUCAUUGAUGUUUCUAUCCCUUCUCCCUUCCUCUCUGAAAUCAAUAAAGAUAUAUUUAAAAAAUAAAGUAAAAUGUCAACACUUAAAAAAUUUUUUUGGAUGUGUGAAUUUCUAUAGGGUCUCAGAUGUUCACCUCAAGACCAUUGAUGCCCAGGCAGGAAAUCAAAGAUAAAGAAAAGGGAUCAAUUCCAGGGAUAUGACAUUUGUUACCCAGCCGGAAUUCCUGUUGAUUUCAAUGGAAGUCCAUUGUUGGAUAUACUUGUCACUAAGAAAGACUGACCCCCAGGGGUUAUGAGGACGUGGAUUGAAUAUAGAGUUGCAAACUGUAUUUUUAAAGAGUUGAAGAUAAUUUUUUAAAUCUUGAGACAUUUUUAAAAAUCUUUAUUAGUAUGGUAUAAUAUACAUGUGGUAAAUGACAUUUUAAGUAUAGUAUCUGAUGAAUUUUGACAUGUAUUAAGCCGAAACCAUCACCAUAGUCAUAAUACUAACCAUAUGUGUUACUAUUUACUUCAUGUCCUUUUAUAAUCUCUCCUUGUCAUUAAUUUACUUUUCAUUUUAAUAGCUGACUUUGCAUUUCAUAGAAUUUAUAUGAUGGCAAUAAAAGUGGAUUUUCUGCCUUCAGUUCUGUUGCAUGAAUAGUUGAAGAUGUAUUUAAUGAUGUAUUAGUACCUCAUCAUUUAUUUUCCAGAGAAAUAUUAUCUUUGAGUCUAUUACCUUCAAAUAUGUAAACCAUUAGUUUAUCCAUUCAUUUUGUACAUGCACAUUGGGUUAUUUCUACUUUUUGACUAUUGAAAAUAAACCUGGGCCCUGGCUGGGUAGCUCAUUUUGCUAGAGCGCUCUCCUGAUACGUCAAGGUUGCGGGUUCAAUCCCCUUUCAGGGCACAUUGGGGAAUCAACCAAUAAAUGCAUAAACAUUGGAAAAACAAAUGUAUGUUUCUGUCUCUAUUACUGUCUAGCUCUAAAAUAAAUAGAUUUUUAUUUUAUUUUAAAAUAAAUAGAUUUUUAAAAAUAAAGCUGGUACAAGCG